CUCUAGUUAGCAAGGGCGGCUAAUAUGGCUGACGUGUAUUUCGAAUCGGUAUAGUGGUGACGUGUCUUUAAGGCGCUCUGCCGGCGCAUCGACACCCGGGGCAGCACACAGAUCCUGACCGAGUCUCACACCGACUAACAUCACCAUGGGAAUUAAGUUCUUAGAGGUCAUCAAGCCGUUCUGUGCGGUUUUACCCGAGAUCCAAAAACCAGAAAGGAAGAUCCAGUUCAGAGAAAAAGUUCUAUGGACGGCCAUCACCUUGUUCAUCUUUCUCGUCUGCUGCCAGAUCCCUCUGUUUGGGAUCAUGUCUUCAGACUCGGCAGAUCCCUUCUACUGGAUGAGAGUCAUUCUGGCGUCCAACAGGGGUACUCUGAUGGAGUUGGGAAUCUCCCCCAUCGUGACCUCUGGCCUUAUCAUGCAGCUGCUGGCUGGAGCUAAGAUCAUCGAGGUUGGAGACACACCUAAAGACAGGGCGCUGUUUAACGGAGCCCAGAAACUGUUCGGGAUGAUCAUCACUAUUGGCCAGGCAAUCGUGUACGUGAUGACCGGCAUGUACGGAGACCCGUCAGAGAUGGGAGCUGGGAUCUGCCUCCUCAUCAUCAUUCAGCUGUUUGUGGCUGGUCUGAUUGUGCUGCUGCUGGACGAGCUGCUUCAGAAAGGAUACGGUUUGGGCUCGGGUAUCUCCCUCUUCAUCGCCACAAACAUCUGUGAGACCAUCGUCUGGAAAGCCUUCAGUCCAACGACAGUGAACACAGGCAGAGGCACCGAGUUUGAGGGCGCCAUCAUUGCUCUGUUCCACCUGCUGGCCACUCGGACCGAUAAAGUACGUGCGCUGAGAGAGGCCUUCUACAGGCAGAACCUGCCCAACCUCAUGAACCUCAUCUCUACCGUCUUCGUCUUCGCCGUGGUCAUAUACUUCCAGGGCUUCAGAGUGGAUCUGCCCAUCAAGUCGGCACGCUACCGUGGCCAAUACAACACCUAUCCCAUCAAGCUUUUCUACACCUCUAAUAUUCCCAUCAUCCUGCAGUCUGCGCUGGUGUCCAACCUCUACGUCAUCUCGCAGAUGCUCUCCACUCGCUUCAGCGGCAACUUCCUGGUUAACCUGCUGGGAACCUGGUCUGACACAUCUACCGGUGGUCCGGCUCGCGCCUACCCUGUCGGAGGUCUGUGUUACUAUCUCUCUCCUCCGGAAUCGUUCGGCUCCGUGUUAGAGGAUCCGGUGCACACCGUCAUCUACAUCGUGUUCAUGCUGGGCUCCUGCGCGUUCUUCUCCAAGACGUGGAUCGAAGUGUCCGGAUCAUCCGCCAAAGACGUGGCUAAACAGCUUAAGGAGCAGCAGAUGGUGAUGAGGGGACACAGAGAGACGUCCAUGGUGCAUGAGCUCAACAGGUACAUCCCCACAGCUGCUGCAUUCGGCGGCCUGUGCAUCGGCGGUCUCUCGGUCAUGGCCGAUUUUUUGGGAGCGAUCGGCUCAGGAACGGGGAUCUUACUGGCCGUCACCAUCAUCUACCAGUAUUUCGAGAUCUUCGUUAAGGAGCAGAGCGAAGUCGGCAGCAUCGGAGGGCUACUCUUCUAAACUUUCUGCUACAUGGACACACACGUAUGCUGAGACACACCCUAAUCAAACACUUUUAUUAUUUUUAUGAGUGUUAUUACUAUUAUUUUAUAUCUUGUUUGGCACAGUGAGUUGAAGUGGUCCAUUCUGAACAGCCAGGUUUGGCUUUGAGAUGUUAUUUGUUGGAGGAGAGAGAGAGAGAGAGAGAGAGAGAGAGAGCGAGAGAUAUUUAUGAAAAACUCUGGAGCAGUCCGUGAUGAAUAAAGCUAGACUCUGUGAGCUCUGAAGAUAGAUGCUGGGUGUACCUUUUUAUUAUUAUUUUUUUUCCCUUUCUUCCCACCCUUGCUUGCUGCUCGACUCUAUUCAGUCUAGUGAUGGCAGUGCUCACUUCUCCGUCAUGCCCAGUCUUUCAUUUUAAAGGUGCAGUGUUGCGUGUUUACGCCACAUUCUUUGUUCUUGGCUGCUGUCAGAAUGACGCCACGGGAAUCUUCACACUCGCAGGAUUAUUUGACACCCGGUUGUGACGUCAAAUCCAACCAUAUGCAUUUCGUGUAGAGCUUAUUUUAAGGAUGUCCAGGCUGGAAGCCAUCUACGUAUAUAGUUCAAUCGUCCACAGACAAAUAGUUGUUUUUGUUUUUUUUCUGGAUGUCUGUUCGACUUUGUGUCUGUAUAUAUGAUGAAAUGUGCCACCAUGUAACAAAAACCUUUUCUUUUUUUUUUUUUCUUCCAAUAUGUAAAAAGAAAUGCUAAAACAUCUGUCUUUUGGAAAGAGUGCUCAUUCUCAAUAAAAGCUCUUUUUUUGUGUAAA